CGACACCCAAACCUCAAAAAACUGUGAGUAUGACAGUCUGGUGUUUCGUGCUACCGUCGGUCAACACUGCAAUCGCGCACUUCCAUCCGGUUCACGGGAAACUUUACUGUCCAAACAGGCUGGAUGGACUUACCUGGGCUGCGAUGUAGUACCGCGAUCGGACCACUUAUGUCUUGUUUUGUGGAGGUAUUAUCACGCUGAAUACUGACGACCCUUGCAGACCGCCAUGGCCGUCAAGAUCCCCAUUGUCAAGAAGCGCACGAAGGCAUUCAAGCGUCACCAGUCUGAUCGGUAUCACGGUGUGAAGGAGGCAUGGCGGAAACCCAAGGGUAUCGACAACAGAGUGAGGCGCAGAUUCAAGGGUCAACUCCCCAUGCCUAAGAUCGGCUAUGGCAGUAACAAGAAGACCCGCCACCUAAUGCCCAGUGGCCUCAAGAAAUUCCUUGUCAGCAACGUGAAGGAGGUUGAUAUCCUUCUCAUGCACAAUAAAAGUUAUGCCGCAGAGAUUGCACACAACGUCAGCAGUCGAAACCGUGCUCUGAUUCUUGAGAGGGCAAAGGCUCUCGGUGUCAAGGUGACGAACCCUGCAGCACGGCUGCGGUCAGAGGAGUAGAUGGUUAUUCACUGUCCUGUAUCCAUUCCCAUAUGUAGGAGAUAGUCGACAUGCAAAUAUGCUCGCGUGCAAUUUUCUAUAUUUCAUUCUCCUAUGGCUUGCUUCUAUGUACAAUUCUCCCAAAUCUAGUAUGUCCCCUGAAAGCCAGAUGUGGUUC